CAAAAAUCUUUGUGAGAGAACUAGAUGAAUAUUUUAUCUGAAGAAAGAAUUAGCUUUGUAAUUAAGUAGUUUAAUUUGUGAUCAGUCUGCAAGAAGAAAAUAUAGAAGGGGAUGGCCUCUGUGUGCUAGAGCAUCGUCUCUCUCUUAUUUCAGCUCAAAUCGUCACUCUCACGCGGACAUACAGAUUAGAUAUUAUUCAUCUCCCAUAAAAUCAAAGAAAAUCACCUCAUAUAUUCUUUCUUCUUCUACAUCUUCCACUCUUUGAUUCCACUCAUCAAUACCACAGCCCAUGUGAACAGCAACUCCCAGUUCCUGAGUUUUAGAACCCAGAAAAAUCCAAUCUGUGUGCUCUGUUUUCUAGGUUCUGUGAUCUCUUUGCUGCUUAAAGAUUGAAACUUUGCAGUUUUGCUUUGUGUUUGGGACAUGGUUCAAUGAGAGAGUUCAUAUCUGGGUCUGAAUAAAUAUCCCUCCUUUCUUUUGUCAUCUUUCAGUUCUCCUCCUUCCCCUUGCGCCUCUCAUAGACCCAAAAGCUCAAAGCCAGUCACAAAAACACACCAAUCUCGGAUCCUUACAAAACUACUCGUUUUCCGGUUCAAUAAUCCAAUUUCCACUUUCUCCAACUAAAUGAUCCAGAAUCUUCCCUUCUAGAGUUGCCCUCUUUUGGUUUCUCUUAGUUAUAUUCACACUUGAUCAAACAAGCUAAUUAAACUCAAGAAAGUGAGGUUCUUUAGCUCUAGUUAUUAAGGUUCCUGCAAACCAAACCAAACCCCCACUUCACCAAAUCAAACACAAGCUCUGUUGUGUUCAGAAAUGCAAGACCCAACAACGUUCCAACCCAUCAAACCCCAUUUCCCAGAGCAAGAGCAGCUCAAAUGUCCACGCUGCGAUUCCUCAAACACAAAGUUCUGCUACUACAACAACUACAAUCUCUCGCAGCCUCGACACUUCUGCAAGAACUGCAAGAGGUACUGGACCAAAGGUGGUUCCCUCAGAAACAUUCCCAUAGGUGGUGGAAGCAGAAAGCACACCAAGCGAUCUUCGGGUUCGAAACGAUCUUCAUCAUCAACCACCAACUCAUCUUCUUCAACAGUCUCGAGCUCUUUAGCAGCAGCAGCAAAAGCUCAGAGCCAAAUGGGUCAGAAAGUCGAUCAGCAAAGUCCGAUGAUGGAUAUGUCAGGGAGCUUCAGCUCACUGUUGAGUACUAAUGAUCAAUUUGGGUCACUUAUGGAGGGUCUGAAUCCAAAUGGGUCGGGUUUUAAAAUGCAAAUGGGUGAUUUUGGAGAGAAUGUGGUGGAUUCAUCAGGACAUGGGUUGAAUUUGGAUCCAGGUUUGGAGGUUCAGAGCAAUGGGAAUCCAGAGAGCUACAUGAGUUUGCAAAAUGGUGAUUGUUUUGGGAGCAGUGGGUGGCCUGACCUUGCCAUUUACACACCAGGUUCAAGUUUUCAGUAGAUAAUUAGAUGAAUGCUUUCCACAUAUAUAUUUAGUCUAUGAUGAUAUAAUGUUUUCACACUUGGAAACUUUGAUUGUGAAGAGAAAAUGGAGCAUGAAUGACUCUUUAGGCUUAAUGCUAAGCAGCUCUUAAGCUUUUAAUUUAGCAUUUUUCUGAGGUUAUAGAGAGGUUGAGAAACACCAAAGUCCACUCUUUGAUUCCUACCAUGCCAAUAGAGUGUUCCAUAUGUAAUGGUUUUUUUUUUGUUAUCUUUUGUGUGGGUUUUUGGUUGUAUCUAAUAUAACUUGUUCUCUUUCACCUUUUGAGGUCCCCCUCUUAUUAAAGGAAAUGACUGUUCUUCAAGCUUUGAACUAUCACUUUCUCCAUUAUAU